UCUCUGAGACUCUGACAUCAUCCGGGUAUGAGUCCAAUAUAACGUUUCCUAGUUGUAUCGUUGAGCGGAUCGUGUUUAGCCAGUCCGCUGCAUUGACACUGUCCUGUGAAACUGAUACUUCGUGAACGUGGAUGUCGUGAUUCGCUUCGAUGAAUCGUCUGAAGUUCCGCUGAACUGUGAAGCCACGUCGCUCAUUGGCCAGUAUUAGUUCCUUUUGACUACUUCGGCUUCUGCUAUUGGCUGAGCCGCAGUCAGCCUGCCCGUGGACCCGCCUCCUCCCAGCAAAACGGACAGAUUCUGAUUGAUAAUUUAAAGGCAGUCUUUCUGUUCAUCCUUCCAGUGCGCGUCUCCACCGUUUUUACACAAAGUGUUUCAGCCAGCCGGUCUUACCGCUCGACCCAAGCCGACACCAAGCUCCCAGCGGUACCGGGUGAAGCCUCGACCUCAUGGCUUCAUGGCAAACCGCCCAGAUGAACUUCUAGUCACACCAAGGUGGCGUGAAGGCAGGUGUUGAGGACUGUCUUUCUCUCUCUGCCUCAUUCUAUUGUUCUGAGUCAUGGCGACCUCUCUGCUCAGCAGGCAGCUGGUCCUCUCCCUCCAGCAGAACCUCAGGCUCACUGCACCAGGCUGCAGGUAUGCGAGUAAGGCAGCAGCUAAGACUCAGAUGGAGUUUGAAUACGACGGGCCCUCCAUGAAGACCGAGGUCCCAGGACCCCGUUCCAAGGAGCUGACCAAACAGUUGGGAGAGAUGCAGAACGUGGGAGCAAUCAAUUUCUUCUGUAACUAUGAGGAGAGCAGAGGAAACUACCUGGUGGACGUGGACGGAAACCGCAUGCUGGACGUCUACACACAGAUCUCCUCUAUUCCUAUUGGAUACAACCAUCCCUCACUCAUUAAAGUGAUGUCCAACCCCAACAAUAUGAGUGCGUUUGUGAACAGGCCAGCUCUUGGGAUCAUGCCACCCGAGAACUUUCCGGAAAAGCUGGCAGAAAGCCUUCUCUCAGUUGCUCCUAGUGGUAUGAGCCGUGUUCAGACCAUGGCCUGUGGAUCCUGCUCCAAUGAGAAUGCAUAUAAAGCCAUGUUCAUCUGGUACAGAAAUAAGGAGAGAGGCCACAACAACCCCUCUGAUGAAGACGUGAGCUCCUGUAUGAUCAACCAGAGUCCUGGCUGUCCAGACUUCAGCAUCCUGUCAUUUAUGGGUGGAUUUCAUGGCAGAACAAUGGGUUGCUUGGCAACGACGCACUCCAAGGCCAUCCACAAGCUGGAUGUGCCGUCAUUUGAUUGGCCGAUCGCUCCCUUCCCUAAACUGAAGUACCCUCUGGAGGAGUUCACACGGGAGAACGCACAGGAAGAGGCCCGCUGCCUGGAGGAGGUAGAGGACCUGAUCGUUCAGUGGCGACAGAAGGGCCGGCCGGUGGCUGGGAUAGUGAUAGAACCCAUCCAGGCUGAGGGAGGAGACAACCACGCAACACCAGACUUCUUCAAGAAGCUACGGAACAUCGCACGCAAGCAUGGCAGUGCGUUCCAUGUGGAUGAGGUGCAGACAGGGGGAGGAGCUACGGGGAAGUUCUGGGCUCAUGAACACUGGGGGAUGGACGACCCUGCUGACAUCGUCUCCUUCAGCAAGAAGAUGCUCACUGGAGGUUUUUACCAUAAAGACGAGCUGCAGGCAGACAAGGCCUACCGUAUCUUUAACACCUGGAUGGGUGACCCGUCUAAGAACCUGUUCCUGGCUGAGGUUCUGAACGUGAUCCGCAGAGAGAACCUUCUGGAGGAGGUGACCCGCUCUGGAAAGACUCUGCUACAGGGACUCUACCAACUACAGGACCAGUACCCUAACCUGUUGAGCAGUGCUCGGGGACAGGGGACAUUCUGUGCCAUCGACAUCCGUGAUGACGCCACACGCAACAGCAUCCUCCUCAAAGCCCGGGACAAGGGUGUUCUGCUGGGUGGCUGUGGAGAUCGGUCCAUCCGGUUCCGUCCUGCUCUGGUGUUUAAAGAGUACCAUGUUCACAUGUUCCUGAACGUGUUCAGCGACGUCCUGGCGGAACACAACUAGAACGCUGCCCCCGGACCCGUCCGUCCACACUGGACUGGGGCCAAAACACCAACAUAGGGCCGAGACCAACUGGGGACGCGGUGUAGGAGAGAGGAAGCACGAGAGUCUUAACCUAUAACAGAGGUUCACACAGUAACGCAUACACUUGAAAGGGAUGCUACGGGAUUUUGGCAAUGAAGCCCUUUUUUUCUCCUUCCCCAGAGGCAGAUGAUACUCGUGGAUACCAUGUUUUUAUGUUAUCUGUGUGCUGUUUGAAAGAAGUUGCUAACUAGCGCAAUUGCUAACUAGCGCUAGCGCAAUUGCUAACUAGCGCUAGCGCAAUUGCUAACUAGCGCUAGCGCAAUUGCUAACUAGCAUUAGCGCAAUGACUGGAAACGUUGGCUCGUGAAACUACCUCUAACCUGGACACAGAGACAUAAAACUGAAUUAAAGGGCCUCACUGCCACAAUCCCGGAGUAUCCCUUUAACACAUACUCAAACACACACACUUGAAUUUGUCCCAUUGCUCAUGUGGCAGUCCUAGCAUUCCUCAUGUCCCAGUAAUGUCCUAAUGAUACGCCUGCAAAAAGGCACAAGCACAAAACAUAAGUCUUAUUGUAGGUCAUAUCACACAAACCCUCCAACUCCCUAACAGAUGAAGGCACAGCGAGAUAUUUCAGAACAAACACACCGAACAGGAGUGGUUAUCAGCAAGCUAACCAACACCAGGUUGUAAUGAUACAAAAUGGCCGCCGCACACCGAUUUUUAACCCCUGACCCUUGAGAUGUCCUCUGAGUGUCCUAGCUCUUUUUUAAACAGAACAAUUAUGUUUCCUUUUUGGGGUUGAGAUAAAUCCAAGUCAGACAUUUGGGAUUUUGUGAAGGAAGAAUAUUAUAUUAGAUGAUGUAGUGUGUCUGCAUGUUGUUGUUCCUGAACUUCCUUUGGGGUUGAAGGAAUGAAGACCUGGGUUCCAGACUCACUGUACGUCAGGGCUAAACCCCUACUUAUUAACACAUAACCAUACUUACCUACAGAUAUACCCACGUUUAAAUUGAAGGCAGGUUUUUUUUUGCAGUCAGGACCGCUAAUCUAAAAAGAUGUAUUAUAUUUGUUGACUUGUUUGGGACGUAGUCGUAUUAGAGUGCAUCUUGGCCAUAUUCAUCCGGUUUCCAUGGGAAACGACAUUAUUGAUGUACAGCACAACGUGUCGACGUUGUUCUGAAUGCCUGUUUGUUUUUU